CAGGGAGGGGGGGGGGAGCUUUAGGGAGGAUUUGCUUAUAUUAACCCUGAGAGUGGACAGGGCCAGGCAGAGUACAAGGAAGACGGACUCAACAGGCGUGUAAACAGACAUCUGUCUUAUUUAUACACAACAACAGGGCAGCAGUAAAGAGAGAGCCAUGUGUAGGUUAAGUCGUUUCCUCAAAUCAACAGCUGAUGACUCCAAAGACCGACACAGCAAGAAAGAAAACUGAAUAUGUCGACCUGAGAAAGUUUCACCAGGAGAUGGAGCAGAAUGGGACACCCUAGUAUGCCACCCACGUACAGCUACCCAAGUCCCUGCAGCAAGAACAGUAGAUCCAGCCAAAUACAACCCUACACACCAAACGACAACCUGAACAAUGCGCUGGGCUCUAUCAGAGUCCUGGGGUUGGAACUGAUCGCACACGAACUUGAACCACAUCUGAACACAGUGCUGGCCAACAUUAAGGAGAAGAAGAAAGGCGCUGCUGAGCAGGUAGUGAUCAGUGGGAUCUUGCCCAUCCUGGCCCUGUCUCUGAGGAGCAGGGGGCCUCUCACUCUGCCCACCGCUAAGCUUGUGGCUGAACUCGCCAAGGAGUCUGUGGUUCGUAAAGGUUUCGGUGAUGCAGGUUUAGCUCCGGCUUUGCUGUCCGUGCUGACCAGUCUAGACCAAGAGCUGCUGCUCCACGCUGCAAGAGCCAUCUCUCGCAUGUCUUGUGACAGCUCCAAGCUGCAGCACCUGCUGCUCCGUCGGGGUGCGGUGCCUCGCCUGGUCGCCAUCCUGCUCCGCUUCCCUGACAAAGAGGCCCUGGAGGAAGUGUGCCUGCUGGCGCUCUGUAACAUCAGCGGCAUGGGGGUGGCAGAGGAGGCAGGCAUGGUCUGGGAGAGGGGUGCAUCUGUGAGGCCGGGGGAGACUGUUUUUCAUGCCGUUUCUCCUCACACCUGUGAUGUUGCCUCUUCUGUGACUCUGGUGUGUGUGUCUCAAUGGGCCCCAGGUCAAUAUGCGGUCAACAUUGAGGUUUUCCAGCGCUGCUCCUCCUCUUUCUGGAGCCUUCACGGGAACAAACGGAACGCUCGUUGGUUUCCUUUCUCCAGAUUGGGAAGCUUUUCUAAUCUGUUGAAGAUGAUCAAAUUCUCUACAAGGAGUGUUCCUGGAACCAAAAGUCUGAGGAAUCGCGUGUUUCACACUUUCCUCUGACAGCUUAUACAACUCUGAAGAAGGGACUACUACAACCUCUCUGAACACUUCACCAGUUAUGGAAUGUUUACACCUUAUACACUUUUUGUAAAGAUUUUGUCAUAUUCUCUAAAGUGUUAAAUGUCUCUUGUCUAUUCCUGUUUACUUUGAUCUGGCUGAUGGCAAUGUACAUCCUCUCUGAACCACCUGUAUUACUAGAGUUUAACACUAGAUGGCAUGCAUGUGCUUUGUGGAGACACAUGUUUGUGUGCAUUGCAAUGCUUAAGAAAUAGAACACCAGUUUGUGACUUGCACACAUGCCUACUCAGAUGGACUGAACUUGAUAAUGACAAGCUGUCUGACUGCACAUCUCAGUAGCUAUUCUCAGAUAUUUACAUAGAUUUAAUUUGGUUACUUUACCCUACUGUUGAUGUCAUAGUGUUGAAUUGAGCGCUUGCUCUUUGACUGUAACUCUGUUAAAUACAAAGGCCGACACAAAGAUAGACACAAGUGUAUCUAUCCCCUCUCUCAAUCGUUCUCCUAUUUCUCUUCCUCUAAUUACCUCUCUUAUUGCUUCCCUCCUGCUCCAGGCGUGCCAAAGCAGGGGCACGCCCUCUAAUCAAUUCUUACUUUAUUACUCUGGGAGCCACUUAAAUAUUUCAUUUGAUAGAGAACAGGCUUUGGAGUUAUUUACAGGUGGACAAUAGGCCCACACACCUAUUCUUGAUCUGGUAGAUGACUGUACACUUGUUACACAGAGUACAAAAACAUAUUUACACAAGAGCAUUAUGGACAGACUAACAGGAAGCGAUAUUCUUAUAAGGUGACAGACUGUAAUUAGUGCAUUAGCGGCUGUAGUAUCUGGGAAAAACCUUUGUAAAAAACCUCUGUAAUAUCAAAACAACGUGUCUAGGAUGGCAAGACUAAUUCCUGUGGGACAGGGCCCAGGAACAGUGCUAGAAUUAAGAAGCUCAAACCUUUUGAACCGGAGCGAAUAUGUCGGGUCCAAGAAGAUGUAAACAUCUUCUUCGAAUCCCGCCUCAGCCGCCACUGCGUCAGGCCGUUGUGUCCUUGGGCAAGACACUUUACCCGCAUUUGCUCCUGUGGGUAAUGUCCGCAGUAAUGACUCUUACAUGUCUAAUAUGUGUAAUGUGUACUUGUAAAGCGCUUUGAGCACCUGUAAAAGCGCUCUAAUAAUUUUUUUUAAUGUAGGCCUAUUAUUAUUAUUAUUUGCCGAUUACUCUCACAUGCGAGUGCAGUUGACAUGCUGGUUUUAAGGUUUGUGUAAUGUGAUCACAAUUCAAUUAUAAAAACGCAGCUGGAAAAACAGAACCAUUAAAGUGAAUAUUAAAUAUGUAAA